GAACAACCCAUCCAACAGGUAAACACCAGUUUUAAUAUCAAAGAAAGAUUGCCGCAAGAAGUCAUCAAUCAGGUUAUUACACAUCAUCUUAACCUUGAACUUUUUCACUCCCCAAUCUUCUAAAAGAAUAUAAAAACUACAAAUUUUUAAAAAAAUCCAAAAAAAAAUAGAAAAUCUUAUAAAAAACCCAUAUUUUUAAUAUCAAGAUGUCUACUACCGUCGAUGCUGUUGAUAAAACUGUCAACGAAUUAGAAAACUUGAACAUCAACAAGGAAGAAUCACCAGUUGCUGCUGAAUCAUCAGCCACUCCAACUAGUGCUGAAGAAUCCACUGAAGAUCCAUCAUCAGGUUCUUCCCAAACUGUUGCUGAAACUACCGCCUCAUUAUAUGUUGGUGAAUUAGAACCAUCUAUCAACGAAGCUUUGUUAUUCGAAGUCUUUUCACCAAUUGGUCAAGUUUCUUCAAUCCGUGUCUGUCGUGAUGCUGUCACCAAAAGAUCUUUAGGUUAUGCUUAUGUUAACUUCCAUAACGUUAAAGAUGGUGAAAAAGCCAUUGAUCAAUUAAACUACACCCCAGUUAAAGGUCAACCAAUCCGUAUCAUGUGGUCUCAACGUGAUCCAUCAAAACGUAAAAAUGGUGAAGGUAACAUUUUCAUCAAAAAUUUACACCCAGCUAUUGAUAACAAAGCUUUACAUGAUACUUUUUCAGCUUUCGGUAGAAUUUUAUCCUGUAAAGUUGCCACUGAUAACUUUGGUAACUCUAAAGGUUUUGGUUUCGUUCAUUUUGAAUCCCAAGAAUCUGCCAAUGAAGCUAUUGAAAGUGUUAACGGUAUGUUAUUAAACAAUAACGAAGUUUUCGUUGGUCCUCAUGUUCCAAGAAGAGAUCGUCAAUCUAAAUAUGAAGAAGCUAUCAAGAGUUUCACCAAUGUUUACGUUAAAAACAUUGAUUUAGAAGCUACUGAUGAUGAAAUCAAAGAUUUAUUCACUCCAUUUGGUGCUAUCACUUCUAUCUCUGUUGAAAAAGAUCAAGAAGGUAAAUCAAGAGGUUUCGGUUUCGUUAACUUUGAAGAACAUGAAGCUGCUGUUAAAGCUAUUGAAGCUUUAAACGAUCAAGAUUUCAAAUCUAAAAAAUUAUACGUUGGUCGUGCUCAAAAAAAGAGUGAACGUUUAGAAGAAUUGAAAAAACAAUAUGAAGCUGCUAGAAUUGAAAAAUUAUCAAAAUCUCAAGGUGUUAACUUAUUCGUUAAAAACUUGGAUGAUUCAAUUGAUGAUGAAAAAUUACGUGAAGAAUUCCAAUCAUUUGGUACUAUUGCUUCAGUUAAAGUUAUGACUGAUGAUACCGGUAAAUCUAAAGGUUUCGGUUUCGUUUCAUUCUCCUCUCCAGAAGAAGCUUCAAGAGCUAUUAGUGAAAUGAACCAACAUAUGUUGGCUGGUAAACCAUUAUAUGUUGCUUUAGCUCAACGUAAAGAUGUUAGACGUUCUCAAUUAGAACAACAAAUCCAAGCCAGAAACCAAUUAAGAAUGCAACAAGCUGCUGCUGCCGGUGGUUUACCAGGUCAAUUCAUUCCAACUCCAUUCAUGUAUGGUCAACAACCAGGUUUCUUACCACCAGGUGCUAGAGGUCCAAUUGGUGGUCCAACCCCACAAUUUAUGAUGCAACCAAGACCAGGUCAAGGUAUCCCACCACAACAAGCUGGUCAAUGGGCUGGUGCUCGUCAAUUACCAAAUGGUCAACCAAUGUAUGGUGUUCCACAAAACUUUGAACAAUUCCCACAAGGUAGAGGUCCAAACCGUGGUGGUUUCAGAGGUAACCAAAGACCAAGAAACCAAGGUCCAGAAGGUCAAGGUUCAAACGUUGGUCAAUUAGCUCAAAUCUUGCCAACUCUUCCAGAACCACAACAAAAGAGAGUUUUAGGUGAAGAAUUAUACGCUAGAAUUGUCGCUACUGGUAAAGCUCAAGAUCCAGAAUCUGCUGGUAAAAUCACUGGUAUGAUGUUGGAUUUACCAAACCAAGAAAUUUUAUCUUUGUUAGAAAAUGAUGAAUUAUUCAAACAACAUUUCGAUGAUGCUUCCCAAGCUUAUGAAGAAUUCAAACAAGCUGUUGGUGAACAACAAGCUGAAGAUGGUGAAGAAGAAGCUGCUGCUGCUCCAGCUGCUGAAUCCACUGAAGCUUAAAUUAUCUGAAAAGUUUAAAAGAAAAUUUUCAUAACCAUAUUUUUUUUUGUGAAUAAUAUCAAACAAAAACUUAUAAAGAAAAUAACAGUGUUUUUAAUAUUUUGGGAAAUCGGUAUAUUAGAAUUAAGAAAAAAAAAUGAGAAAAAAAAAAUUUGGGUCAUGUUAAGUGUUGUGUUUUUCAAAGUUACUUUGUUGUUUAGAGGAUUUGAGGAUUUCAUAUCUUCUUCGUUUUACUUUUUUUAUCUUUUGUUUUUAUAGGUCUUUUGAUCAAUGAUACUUCUAUUGAGAUUAAGAUCUAUUUUUUAUGUGUGUGCUUUUUAAUUUGAGGAAAUUAAUAAACUAAAACUGUAGAGCAGUAACAUAUUGAUCAGCUAUUAGGGA